CCUUGCGGACGCAGGCACGGCUUAAGGGGAGACGUCCACCGGUGCGACCCCGCCGUUGCAGGGAGCCACAGCUGCAGUUUGACUCUCUUGCAGAUGUUCUCCACCGAUCCUUACGUGCUCAACGUGACAGCCGUGAAUCCUCUGGGGACAGCGAGCGAUUUCUUUCUGGUCUCCCUGGAUCAGAUCAUCCAGCCAGACCCUCCAGAAAAUGUAACGGUCUCGCCGAUCCCAGGGAAGAAAAAAAUGCUGCUUGUACGAUGGGAGGCUCCCAGCUCCUGGUUAUAUCCUGAAUAUUUUCCCCUGCAAUAUAUCAUCCGUUAUUCGAGAGAUGGAUCCAGGCUUAGCCGAACGACCAGGCCUAUUGAGCAAACUUCCUUUAACCUCACCGGGAUCCGUUCUGGCGUAACCUACCACAUCCAAGUAGCUGCAAAAGACUUCCUGGACAAUGGGGAGUACAGCGCCUGGAGUCUUCCGGCCUCUGGCACGUCCUGGGAGCCUGAGUGAGGGCCAAAGAGGGUGGACUUUGUAAUACUUGAAACAUGGUAUUUGUAAUACUGCUGCGCUGGCUAAUUACACAUAGGUUUUCUUG